GUGAACAAAUAUGAAAUUAUUUACGUGAAAAUAAAGUGUUUUGCUUCAAAUUCUCUCCUAUAUAUACAGGUUGUAAUUUUUAUUUUGUAAAUUCAAAUUACCGCGAUGGAAACAACUAAGAAAAAGAAAUGGGUUAUAGCGGUUAUGUUUGCAGGUUUACAAUUUUCAAAUGAUGCACAAGCAACGUUUGAAUCAAGCACAAACUGAAAAAUAUCAAUACGCUAAAGGACAAUUAUUUUCCUGUUAUAAUAAAUUAAAAGGAAUCAUGAGUGAGAAUAAAAUGAUGAGGAAUAUGUUACUGAACAACAAUAGAAGUUGUCAUUCAAACGCAGGCGCUUUUAUGACUAGUACGCCAUCUGUUACUAACGAUGGCAUGUCAACAUUUACACCUAUCGUUCCUAAUACUAAACAAAUACCUGGAUAUGCCCAAAGAUUACAGACGUUUGAUAUCAGAAGAAAUCCCGAUCAACAAAAUAUUAAUAGAAAUAUUCGUCCGAAUGUAAAUUUGAUAUCGGAAAAUGGUGCCGCUAUGAACGAUGACGUCAUAUCGCAAGAUUACGGAACCGAUGUUUCGUUACAACUCCAAACACCGAUUCUCGAUAAAAAUAAAGAAAUUCACGGUUAUUCCCGCAUAUAUCACGGAAGGGGUGGUUCGAGAGGUAUGCCGAUACCGCACAAUCAACCGCAUUUGAAUAGUGGUGGUGGUGGUGGUAUGCUUUAUAAACGGUCUGAAGACGUGACAGCCUCUCAACAUUUAGCCCACAAUCGACGUCUCAAUAUGGUUGGCGUUCAUCGCGACCAUAUGCAGCAGCCCAACACCGCCAAUUCGAUGAGGGAACUUCACGGUAAAAGGACCUAAGACAGAAAUUAUUUUGAAAUAUUUUUAAGUGUUUAAGUGUUAAAAAUGGUAUUUUCCUUUAUAUAAUUGGACGAUUAGAAGGAUUCGAAUACACGUUUUAUUACAAGGUGCGAUCGAUAAAUAAUCGUGAAACGACAAAAUAAUCGUUUAUUGAUUAUAGAACGUCCGAGAUAAUAUAGAUUCGAUCAAAUAUUUGUCCCAAUAUCCUGUAAAUGUGUAUAUGGAUAUUAAUUACAAUCUAACAAAUAUUGAAGUUGGAGUAUAUAUUAUAGUUUUGUCCAAUUUAUGCAUUGCCGAUUGUUAUUACGUUUACCGAACGGAAAUUCCGGAUACAAUGUGUAUAGUCGAACUUCAAUUUUACGAAAUUAAAUUACACGGGGGGUAGGGUCUCUCCUAUAGCGCUAUCUGUUUGUUUAUUUCAAAUAUUUUUCAAAAGAUUCUAGUUAUAAAUUGGCUUGGAUUCGAUCUAAUUCGGUCUUUAAUCGAAAUAGAUUGAAAAGUCAAUUUUUACCUGUUUAAACAAACGAUUUAUCAAGAAUUACAUUGAUUUUUGACAAAAUUGGAUGGUUUUCUCGCGGAAUUUGCCAUAUUUUCAUAAUACACUGUUUUUUUUUUUUUGUUUCUUAAGAAAAGACACCGUUUUUUACACAAAAUUUUCACAUAAUCAUCGUUUUUCAUACACAUUUUUCUUUGAAAAAUACAUUCUAAUGAUCAAAUUUAGUAUUUUUUCAUUCUGUACACUGUUUUUCCUUACAUAAUUCACUGUUUUCUUUCCUCAAGUCGAUGUUUUUACGUAAAACAGUGUUUUUUCAUUCUGUACACUGUUUUUCCUUACAUAAUUCACCGUUUUCUUUCCUCAAGUCGAUGUUUUUACGUAAAACAGUGUUUUUUCAUUCUGUACACUGUUUUUCCUUACAUAAUUCACUGUUUUCUUUCCUCGAGUCGAUGUUUUUACGUAAAACAGUGUUUUUUCAUUCUGUACACUGUUUUUCCUUACAUAAUUCACUGUUUUCUUUCCUCAAGUCGAUGUUUUUACGUAAAACAGUGUUUUUUCAUUCUGUACACUGUUUUUCCUUACAUAAUUCACCGUUUUCUUUCCUCAAGUCGAUGUUUUUACGUAAAACAGUGUUUUUUCAUUCUGUACACUGUUUUUCCUUACACAAUUCACUGUUUUCUUUCCUCGAGUCGAUUUUUUUACGUAAAACAGUGUUUUUUCAUUCUGUACACUGUUUUUCCUUACAUAAUUCACUGUUUUCUUUCCUCGAGUCGAUUUUUUUUACGUAAAACAGUGUUUUUUCAUUCUGUACACUGUUUUUCCUUACACAAUUCACUGUUUUCUUUCCUCGAGUCGAUUUUUUUUACGUAAAACAGUGUUUUUUCAUUCUGUACACUGUUUUUCCUUACACAAUUCACUGUUUUCUUUCCUCGAGUCGAUUUUUUUUACGUAAAACAGUGUUUUUUCAUUCUGUAAACUGUUUUUCCUUACACAAUUCACUGUUUUCUUUCCUCAAGUCGAUGUUUUUACGUAAAACAGUGUUUUUUCAUUCUGUACACUGUUUUUCCUUACAUAAUUCACUGUUUUCUUUCCUCAAGUCGAUUUUUUUACGUAAAACAGUGUUUUUUCAUUCUGUACACUGUUUUUCCUUACAUAAUUCACUGUUUUCUUUCCUCGAGUCGAUUUUUUUUACGUAAAACAGUGUUUUUUCAUUCUGUACACUGUUUUUCCUUACACAAUUCACUGUUUUCUUUCCUCGAGUCGAUUUUUUUACGUAAAACAGUGUUUUUUCAUUCUGUACACUGUUUUUCCUUACACAAUUCACUGUUUUCUUUCCUCGAGUCGAUUUUUUUUACGUAAAACAGUGUUUUUUUUCAUUCUGUACACUGUUCUUUCUUACAUAAUACACCUUUUUUAUGACAAAACACUGUUUUAUGUGUAAUACGCCAAAAUUUCAUACAAUACACUGUUUUUUUAACGGUACACUGUUAUUUUCGCAAAAGAAAUCGACUUUUUCACAUAAAACACUAUUUUGCAAUAAGACUGAUUGUUUUUUCUCAUAAAUUACUCAGUUUUUCUACAAAAUACAAUAUUUUCACUCAUUACACUAAUUUUUCACAUAAUACACUAUUUUUCUUACGGAAAAACCGAAUUUUUUAUACAAAAUAUUAGAUAAAUAAAUAUUAGAUCAUGUUUUCUUACAUAAUACUUGAGUUUCUAAUGUAAUAUACCGUUUUUUGUAUUCCAAAUUGAAUUUUUAAUACUAAUCGUAUCAUUAAACAAAAAUAUCUCGUCGAUUUGAUCAAAAAUUCAAUAAAUAUUCAAUUUUUCGUAUUUGUUCCAGUAAGAAUUCCAAGUGGGACAUCCUUUAUAAAAUAUCACCUUCGAUUCAAAUCCUUCUAAUAAACAAAACGAAUUGUUAAUAAAAGCACAUAUUCAACGUUGUUUCCCAAUAAAUUUGCAAGUUCAUAAAGAAUUAUCGAUCUUUCAAUUAUUAUUAUUAUUUUUUUUAUUCGUUGUGUCUUGGGAAUUGUUUCGUAAUAAUGGAUGGAAUUAUCGAUUAUAUUUAAUAAUGGAACUCGUUCCACUUAUUGAAUUUCGUUCGUUUCAUUGCCGUCGAAGACUAAUGGAAAUAUUUACUCGGUUCCUUCGAGGUGGAUUCAUUAAAAUGUCCGACAAGAUCAUUAAAAAAAUAUUAUUUAACCAUUAGGUUUGUCUAUUUCGGUCGGAUAUUCCAUCAAAUUGAAAAUAAUAUUCAUAUUUUUCAAAAGAAUAUUGAAUUGCAUUAAUUUUUGUGUUUCGCAAUUGACUUUUUUUGAAAAAUUCAUCUUCUGUUCAUUCAUUCAUCUUAAUUUUCGAUUUAACCCUUGUAUAAAUGAUAAAUAACUCAUUAUACAGUGAAAAGAAUAGUUUUUUUUGAAAAAAUUUUUUAAAUGUGUGUUUAUUUACCUUAAAGAGAAUCUUUCGGUAACCCUCGUAUGGUAAAAAUCCCAUUAACUGAAUUAUACCGUAAAAUUAAACUGUUUUUGAAGAAAAUACAAUUUCAAAAUAGAAAAACGAUCAAAUGUUUAAAUUUUUUCAUGAGAUCAUUUUUUUAAUUUCAAAUCUACCCUCGUAUAAAAUAUAUAUAAAAAACCUUGUUGAUUUUUUUCAUCGAGAAUCUUUUGUGGCGACCCUCGUAUGAUGAAUAUUUUAAAAACUGUCAAUUAUACCGUAAAAAUGGUUCAAUUUUUGAAAAAAUUACAAAUUCAAAAUAGAAAAAUUUCAAAUUUUCUACCCCGUAUAAUUUUGUGAAAUAUCCAAUUUUCAAAUUUGGAUUCAACCUUUACAUACAUCAUAAUAAGAAAAAUGAGUUUAUUUUUAUCAACGGAAAACUUUUUUGCAACCCUCGUACGAUAAAUAACUCAGUAUACGGUGGAGUUAAUGUUUUUUUUUUGAGAAAAAAAUGUAAAACGGACUAAAAAAAUAACCUGUAUCAUUUUUGAAAAAACUUCAAUUUCAAAAUAGAAAAAUUCCAAACCUACCCUCGUAUAAUGUAUAAAAAAAACUUUUGUUGAAUAUUUUUAAUCGUGAAUCUUUUCUGGCGACCCCCGUACGAUAAAUUUUUCAUCAAUUUUGAAAUAUACCGUGAAAUAAUUCAAUUUUUGCAAAAAAUACAAUUUCAAAAUAGAAAAAUUCCAAACCUACCCUCGUAUAAUGUAUAAAAAAAACUUUUGUUGAAUUUUUUUCAUCGUGAAUCUUUUCUGGCGACCCCCGUACGAUAAAUUUUUCAUCAAUUUUGAAAUAUACCGUGAAAUAAUUCAAUUUUUGCAAAAAAUACAAUUUCAAAAUAGAAAAAUUCCAAACCUACCCUCGUAUAAUGUAUAAAAAAAACUUUUGUUGAAUAUUUUUAAUCGUGAAUCUUUUCUGGCGACCCCCGUACGAUAAAUUUUUCAUCAAUUUUGAAAUAUACCGUGAAAUAAUUCAAUUUUUGCAAAAAAUACAAUUUCAAAAUAGAAAAAUUCCAAACCUACCCUCGUAUAAUGUAUAAAAAAAACUUUUGUUGAAUUUUUUUCAUCGUGAAUCUUUUCUGGCGACCCCCGUACGAUAAAUUUUUCAUCAAUUUUGAAAUAUACCGUGAAAUAAUUCAAUUUUUGCAAAAAAUACAAUUUCAAAAUAGAAAAAUUCCAAACCUACCCUCGUAUAAUGUAUAAAAAAAACUUUUGUUGAAUAUUUUUAAUCGUGAAUCUUUUCUGGCGACCCCCGUACGAUAAAUUUUUCAUCAAUUUUGAAAUAUACCGUGAAAUAAUUCAAUUUUUGCAAAAAAUACAAUUUCAAAAUAGAAAAAUUCCAAACCUACCCUCGUAUAAUGUAUAAAAAAAACUUUUGUUGAAUAUUUUUAAUCGUGAAUCUUUUCUGGCGACCCCCGUACGAUAAAUUUUUCAUCAAUUUUGAAAUAUACCGUGAAAUAAUUCAAUUUUUGGAAAAAAUACAAUUUCAAAAUAGAAAAAUUCCAAACCUACCCUCGUAUAAUGUAUAAAAAAAACUUUUGUUGAAUUUUUUUCAUCGUGAAUCUUUUCUGGCGACCCCCGUACGAUAAAUUUUUCAUCAAUUUUGAAAUAUACCGUGAAAUAAUUCAAUUUUUGCAAAAAAUACAAUUUCAAAAUAGAAAAAUUCCAAACCUACCCUCGUAUAAUGUAUAAAAAAAACUUUUGUUGAAUUUUUUUCAUCGUGAAUCUUUUCCGGCGACCCGCGUAUGAUAGAAAUUUCAUCAAUUGUGAAUUAUACGGUAAAAUAAAUCAAUUUUUGCAAAAAAUAUAACAAUCGAACGUUGUUUUUAAUGACAUAGAUAUUUACGAUAUAUAAAAUGAACUUUUCACAAUCAUUAUUUUCCAUCAACGAAUCAACUGUACAAAAUAUUCAUAUUCAGCUUUAUAUCGGUAGCAGAUCACAAAUUUCUAUCAUCAGCUAUCGGCCCUAUACAAACACAAUAUGUCUGUAUGCAUAUAUAUCAAAAUAUAAAACUUUUGUUCAUCGAACUUUGAACUUUAAUUGAAAUUCCGUAUAUUUUAAAUACUGACAGGGUUUUUAUUCGCAAAAAAAAUAUACACGGACAUAUCGAAUAUCAAAAUAAACUUUUGUUUUAAACAAAAAUCACUACGACGUAAAUUUAUAUUCGAGUUUUUUUUUUUUUUCGCCCAUUCAAAGACAACAUUUUCUAUUUUCGAAUUAACCCCGUAUAUAAAUUUCCAAAUCAAAUCAACAGACGUUGCAUGAUUUACUCAUUUAACAACAUUUUACAGAUUUUUAAUAAGAUCAAAGUAUUUAAAAGUUUUUCUAUUGAGAGAUAGAUGGCGGUAACUGUAUUAAAAAUUAUUAACUCCACUAUAUACGUUCACGAAUUUCCAAAAACAAAAAACGAAAAUCGAAUAAAUGUAAAUCCGGCAACAUAUUUGAUGAAUCUACGUAUACGUAUACCAAUACGUGCUUUUACGAUUAACUUAUUUCUAAAAUAAAUCGUAUAAAUUCAAUUAUCGACAAACAUUUGACGGAUUGUUAAAAACUAUUGACAUUAUUAGGGUUAGUACAAUAUUUAUUUACAUUGAUAAUAACUGAAAUAUAGUUCAAAUGUCCCCCGGCUAUCUCGUCAUUUCUCUUUCCUCUAGUUCUUCAUUUAGUUUCCAAAUAUUUUAAUAACGAAACGUGUGUGCCGUUUAGUCUCUGGGCCAGAGUUCAAUUUACACAAAAUGUAUCAUAUCAUAAUUAAAACACAUAUAACUGUCCCGAUAUUUUAAUAUAUUACUUUUCUAAAGACUAGUAGCUGUCACCAGUGUUGCCACAUUUAUGUUUCCAAUAAACAAAAUAUAAUUAUUGUGAUUAAAAAGUUGUUUUUUGAUUGGUUUUGUUUAGAAUUUGGAUAUCGCCCUAUUGAAAAUUCAAAUUUCUAUUUAAUAUUCGUUCACGAUGAUUUUGGAAACUUUUGAAUGGAAUUUUUCGGGAAAAUAUACCAUCUUUUAAUACAUAACCUCAAAAUUUUGACGUGAGUUUUUAAUAUUUUACCCUCUAUAGAUUGAGGUUAGAAAUUCAAAUUUUUUCUUAAAAUUCCUCCACAAAAAACUGUCAAUUUUCAAUACAUAACCUCAAAUUUUUAUGACGUCAUUUUGCUUAAAAUUUUUGACGUGAGUUUUUAAUAUUUUACCCUCUACAGAUUGAGGUUAGAAAUUCAAAUUUUUUCUUGAAAUUCCUUCACAAAAAACCGUCAAUUUUCAAUACAUAACCUCAAAUUUUUAUGACGUCAUUUUGCUUAAAAUUUUUGACGUGAUUUUUCAAUAUUUUACUCUCUACAGAUUGAGGUUAGAAAUUCAGAUCUUUUCUUGAAAUUACUUCACAAAAAACUGUCAAUUUUCAAUACAUAACCUCAAAUUAUUACGACGUCAUUUUGCUUAAAAUUUUUGACGUGAUUUUUCAAUAUUUUACUCUCUACAGAUUGAGGUUAGAAAUUCAGAUCUUUUCUUGAAAUUCCUUCACAAAAAACUGUCAAUUUUCAAUACAUAAUCUCAAAUUUUUACGACGUCAUUUUGCUUAAAAUUUUUGACGUGAUUUUUCAAUAUUUUACUCUCUACAGAUUGAGGUUAGAAAUUCAGAUCUUUUCUUGAAAUUCCUUCACAAAAAACUGUCAAUUUUCAAUACAUAAUCUCAAAUUUUUACGACGUCAUUUUGCUUAAAAUUUUUGACGUGAUUUUUUAAUAUUUUACUCUCUACAGAUUGAGGUUAGAAAUUCAGAUCUUUUCUUGAAAUUCCUUCACAAAAAACUGUCAAUUUUCAAUACAUAACCUCAAAUUUACGACGUCAUUUUGCUUAAAAUUAAUCUAGUGGCCUAUUGACUAUAUUUUUCAAAUUUUAGUACUGAAUUUAUUAGUAUUUCAAGUUUGGUUUACGAUUUCGACCUAUUGGAAAUUCAAAUUUAAAUUUUAACUCUUCGUAAACAACAAUAAAAAUUUAUCCAUUAUAGAAAAACGUCAGUUUUCAAUAUAUAACCUCAAAAUUUUGUUGUAACAGCCAAUCUCAACUUAUUAUUUCGUGUAAAAUUAUUCCUAAAUCCCUAGAUCAUCAAUUGGCUCUAUAACUAUAUUUUUAUAAUCCAAUUUAUUUUAUUUUUAAUCAAAGUUUUUAAAAAAUAGAAUUCCAAAUUUAUUCUUUUAAUAUAUAACCUCAAAUUUGCUCCGGAUUGAUAGGCCCAGUAACUAAAUCCGUUAUUAAAGAUUUUUAAUAUUUCAAAAUCCAUUUUUGGAAUUUUUAUUCCGAAACUCGAAUUCGUCUAAUAGAAAAUCGAAAAAAACCCGAUCGGUUAAUACAUAACCUCAAAAUAUUGACUUAAUCAUGUUACGUAAAUUGUUGAAUUUCAAUAUUUCGUCGAAAACGAUUAAAAUAUUUUUCGCAUUGGCCCGGCGACUAUAUUUGUUAAUAUUUAUUUUUGUUAACGUUUUUCAGUUGAUCAAUUUGGCACUUGAACGUUUAUUUACAGAGCCCGUGAACGUGUGCAGGCUUUUUAUUGAAUUUCAGUCUUUUUUUUAUUAGCUUUUAAUAUUCCGAAAUGUAGGACACGCGUUUUAUGAUCAAAUAUUACAAAUUCCUCUUUUUUUUUCUAUAUAAAACGAUUCCAUUUUUGACGUACAACAAAAUUAUUACCAAUAUUACUUCGAGAACAAAAAGAGCAUCGACACGUAAAAUUAAAUCAACAAAAAAGUUUUUUCUUUCAUCAUCGCUCUUUUUGUUAAAUUCUAUUCUCGACUGGCGCGUAAGUGAAAUAAGUUUCGUAGAAUUAGUAAAAACACGGCGUCUGAUUGAGAUAGCGUCUACCGAAGGGACAUUCGACUUCCGUUCAUCCUAUCGUAUAAAAAUAUCUGAUAAGGGAACGGAGAUAAGGUACAAAAGGGUUGAAAAUAAUUUAUUCGUACGCUGGUAUAGUGGAAAUAAAGGUUAGAGGUAAUUUCGUUUUACCAGGUACUAACUAUAUUUAAGGAAACCACUUCAAUUUCCGUUAGUUCGAAACCAUUGAAUUUUUAUAGACAGAUAUCGGUCGCCUCGAAUCCUUGACCUUUUUUAACAAUCGACUACCAAUUCUUUCGAUCCUGCGCUUGGUUCCUCCAACGUAAAACCCCUAGCUGAAUCAGAUCCGCCUCAACAGAUAUCUAUCCCGAGUUUGGUUCCUCCAACGUUAAAUCCCUAGCCUCAACUAGCAAAAUCAUCGUCCUCCAGGAAUUCCAUAGAUGUUUCUACCUGUUCCACGCCACCAGAUCUGGCUCGCCGUACAUCUGUUCCAGGUUAGCAGUCCUCCAUCGUUUUCGCAAACAGGGUGUGCUUCCCAGCAGUUCAAAAUCAGAUCACUAGUCGUUUCAGUCCAUGUCUCGCAUCCGGGACGGAUAAAUGAAAAUUGUGCGCUCUCUGGACUGCCCAGAAACAUCUGUUUCCUGUAUCUUCAGUUAUCAAGAUAUUUGAACUAAUGGCGCACAAAGGGAAUCGAUGUUCUAUGACUUGGAACGUUGUUUUGGUGCUCUCAGAGGAUCUAAGUGGUUUCCUGUUCAUUGAUUUCGAGUCCUCUUGCUCCGGCUGCUCGUUGUAACUCCCCAACCGCAAAUUUUUCUCUAUAAAGGUUUGAAUUCAGAAAUUUGACGUGCUUGUAUAAAAAAAUUAUUAUUUCGGAAACUACGUGUGUCCAAGUGACUGUUUCCAUUUUUCAGGUUCACACUGUACAGUAUUAUUUUAUGCAGGGGUGGAUUUAUAGUGAAAAUUUGAUAUCGCUUCAUUUUUUUUUUUUGAAAUAAACGAGGUUUUCCUCAAAUAUAGUUAGCAGAGGCGGAGCUAGCUAAAAAAAAAAUGUUAGUAGAUGAUAGCCACUUACUGUAGAUGAAGACAAAACAUUAGUAGACAACAGACAGAAGCCACGCCACGUCACUCAUCAGACCGAGGUAGAUAAAGUAGAAAAAAAACAUAAUAAUAAAAACUGGUAGACACUAGAUGUGAUUUACAGCACUAUAGCACUAAAAAAAAUUACAGCGGCGCUACACUAAAUUAAAAAAAAAAAAAAAGGUUGUAAGUAUCACAAAUGGCGGUAGAACGAACGCAACUCGGUUUUUCCAUUUUUUAAAUAAAUUAAAUCGACGUCUAACUCUACAUUUUUUUAUCAAGAAUGUUGUUUACAGCCACAUUUUUUCAAUCAUACCCAACUUACGACUAUUCAAUAUUGGCAAAUUGAAAGUUUGGGGUCUCAAAGUACAACUGCGAAUAAAAAAUUUGAUAUCGAAGCAUAAAUUUCUGCUUGUUGUGUAGUCCAGUCCGUCAUUUGCAGCUUAGUAUUGAAGCUAAGCUAUUUCGUUGCACGUCCCAAGUUUGGUCGUUAUUUAGAGACGGUUUUUCUUUGGCGAUCCCGUUUCUGAACAUUCUAGUACCACGCGGAUACGUUGGAGAUCGAAAAUCACUUCUAGUACAGCUGUUGGACAUGAUUUCUUGGCACCGGUUGCACGUACGUAAGCCUUCGAGAGAUUGUCCACCCAGCGGAGUUCCAGCAGUUUGUUCCGGAAAAGUUUACGUAUUGAAAAAUGUAAAAUAUUGAUUCGAACGCGUUGUUAUAUUAUUAACCAGACGCGUUUUAAAACCACUCGAAAUUCCAAACGUAUCCUUGAUACAUAAAUACACGUACACCUUUUUGCAAAAAAAAAAAAACUCGAUUACGACGCGAUAUCUCGAUGCAACCAUUUAUUUUGUCUUCGAGAUAUUUUACUUGUAUUAAAUCGGAUUCUUGGCAACAGCACAAUUAGUUAUUUCAUGAAACCGAAACACGUCAGAUAAUUAGUUCAUUCUAAAAUAAAACCGUGUAACGAAUUUUCGGUAAUGAAAUUUUGACUUAUUACAAAAAUCGGCCCAUUGUCCACUUAGAAAUCGUCACAAAGAUUCCGCUUCCAAAUCAUGGAAUAUUAAGGGUUUUUUGCGCGAUUUGGGGUGAAUUGGUAAGGCUCGGAUACCGGAGCCGCCAUACUGGCCUCGACGGCCGAAAAGGUGUUGCAAGAUCCAGCUCGUUUGAGUAGGAACGGCGAACUCACCGAUGGACCUAGAACCCAUCGUUGGUGUAGCUUCAACGGUCCAAAAAAUAUGGUAAAUAGGCACGAAAUCCGACUAGUAACUGGAUACUGUCGUUUAAGAAGCCCUUUCCACACCAAAAGCAUCACGGACGAUCCGUUGGUGCAUGUCCUUGGCCGCCCACAAUGUACUAUGACUCUUAUCGAUUAGAAAGACCUACAACUUUGUUCAGAGCUCUGGUUCAUUAUUUAGAGUAGAUAGAAACGAUAAGUGAAGCAGUUAUUUGGGUACAAGGAUAAUAAAAUCAAUUCUGACAUCGCAUGUAACGUUUUUUUCGUUGUCGUGACCACUGGAAACGGAAAAUUGGUUCUAUAUCUACCGAACCAACUGAAUCACCAAAAAGUGCUGAAAAAUCCUCUAUAUUUCUAGUUCAUUAUAUAGGACAAAUCAAUGUUCCAAAAUUAUGCUGCCAUCGUUAAUAGAAAUGACGUUAUUUUGUAAAAAUUAAUUGGGGUUGGAGUAACUGUCUCACUUAACAUUCUCACCCUAUAUUUGACCUUCGGAUAUCCAUUUUAAUCCAUUUAGCGGAAAAAAAAUAUCGAUACUAAUCGGAAUAUUUAAUUUUCAUCGACCCGGUAUAAAGAAUUUGCUACCAGAUAGUACCGUUUCGUAGAAAACUAUCAUUAUAUCGUUAAUUAAAAUUAUUAAGUUCCUCAAACAUUUUUUUUUUCAAUUAAAAUUAUAUAAGUCGUAGAAAAAAUAUAUAAUACAAUACGUUUUAUUCCUUUUCAGUGAUAUUAACAUUUUAUUCAAUGUUCAGUAGACACUUAACAUUGUGCGCUUCAAACAUCGUAAUAAAAUCAUUUUUAAUAAACUAGUUUGUGAAGUUGGCAGUUAUUCAAAAAGCUGUCAAAAGGUUCUAUUAGUUUUCGUCUGUCUUCGCUCAUUAUGUUUGUCUUGCCCAUUUUUAAAAUCGGUCGUCGAUCAUAGACGCGCGUACAAAUUAUUUCCGAAAGGUCGAAAUUUUCCAAAAAAAAAAUACAAAUUCAACGAUAUAAACAUAGUUAUCAUUAACUUGGAAAUUUCAAGUUGGCAACAUUGGUUUAAUUGACAUGACAGCAUAGCAGCUGUCACACGUGUCAAAUUACGUGGUACGUUCUUUAUACCACACCUUGUAUAAUAAUUUAUUAUAUUUUUAUUUGAGGAAAACUUUAAAAUAUAUUUAAUUUUUCGUUAUAAGUUGGCCCCAACUACGAGUUUACAAAUUUAAAAAAAUUGUAGGGAAGAAUUUAUUAAUUUUAUUUUUAAAUGGGACAUUCUGUAUAUGUAUCGAAAAUAAAUCCGUAUUUAUUUCGAAUUUUAUGAACCUCGUGGUAAGUUCUAUACUUUGUUUAAAAAUUAUAGUCCGGGAUAAAUCGAAAAAAUUAUAUUGGUAGUUAUAGAAGACGAAAAUUCUGGAAUAUUUUCAACCGAAAAUAAUUUUAAAAACCGAAAAAAAGUUACGUAAAUAUUAUCAACCGUUCCAGAAAUGAUUUGUAAGUGAUUUUCGUCAACAAAUGCUUCUAAAUGUCCUUAAUUUUGAGUCUCUUCUCUUUUGAAAUUAGUUUUUUUAAAAAAAUUGACGUUUCUUUAAGUACGCCCCUGGUUAGUGCACCGUGGCACGGUAGUACACUCGUAAGCCGUCUAUUUUUAAUUUCGCAUGAAUCACGGAGUUAAUUCAAGAACAAUACUGUCGUAAAUUACGAAAAAAAUUCUUGUGUCAAUCAAAAAAAAAAAACCAAAA